AUGCUGUUAAAUAAGAAUAUCAAACAAAAAGUUGUUGCAAUUACUAACGAUUUGGAAAAAUUGAUACCUAUUGGAACACUAAAUUUCUUUAAUCUCCCGUUAGAUAUCACCGAUUUACAAGGAGUCAAGCCCAGUUAUAUCACCCCAAAACUUGACAAUGACCUACAACAAUGGAGCUGGUUAGAUAUCGACUAUAUAAUAUAUUUAUUAUCAAUCAACCACAAGAGUAUAAAUCCUAUAUUAUUCACAUUAAAGUACUUGCUAGAAAAAAGUUAUAUUCAAGCUAUUUACAAAGUUGUUAAGGUGACUCGACUGUAUAAUAGGAGUGAUGGCACUAAACUGAUCGAUUAUUUGUUCUCAAUGUGUCGGAUCAGAUUGUAUUCUAUACCCGCUGACGUCGAAGGGGCAAGACACAUUCGUGAAUACCGACAAUUACAAUCAAAAUCUUUAAAAUUGGAUAGGCAAUAUGCUUCUCAUUUUGAACAGUUACUUAAAUACCUUGAUUUUUCACAUUCAAAUUGGUUUAUUGGGAAACAACUAUCAAUUGAACUGUUGCUACAUCAAGGCUCUUUGCUAUUAAUUGAUUGUCAAUGUACAAAUGAGUUGGGAACAGCUUCAAAUGAUGAAUUAAAAUUUCAUCUACAAAGAUGGAGCAAUAAACAAUCUGCUACAAAAUUUACUAAUGACAAAAGUCACACCAAUAACUUAUCAAAUACAGAUACUUCUGGGGAUAGAAUCAAGAAAAUAUAUGAUCAAAUCCCCUCUCCCGACUUGUCUAAAUAUAUGGUUAAUGAAAAAAAUUACCAAUUCAUAAAACAAUCAAAAGCUAGCAUACUGUCAACGACAGAUAAAUUGUCAACAUUAGCCAAUGAUUCAGAACACCAGGACAUGAUAAAGAUAGACGGAAUAAAGUCGACACUUUAUCCAUUCCAAGUAAAGUCAGUUGGACUAAUGCUAGAGAGAGAAUGUAUAAAGAGAAGAACUAUAAUGCCAAAUUUCAUCAAACUUGAAUCACCUUUAUCUAGCAACUUUUAUUUUGAUUUAUUUACCAAAAGAAUUUAUUUACAUGCUGAUGUUAUGUCACUACCACUUGGUGGAAUUUUAGGAGAAAAUAUGGGAUUAGGUAAAACUUUAAUGUGUUUGAGUUUAAUCAAUUUAACAAAAUAUGAAAUAACAAAAAUUCCUAGUGAUAAUUUUUUAUUAUAUAAUGAAAUUGAAAUCCACGAUGAAAUCAAGACUUUGACUGAGAUAUGCAGAGAAAAAAUAAUCCAUUCUUCUAUACCUUGGAAGUUAUACAACCUUCCCACAUCAGUAACAGCAAAUCUAGCUAAACACCCAGGGUAUUUUUGCAUCGAUUUGAAUGAUCAUGAAAAGAACAAAAGAAGUCAUAAGAGUGGGUUCCUCAUCAAUAGAAAUGGAGUUGAUACAUGUAAACGUGCCUCUAGGACUACUGGUACCAAGUCAACGAGUUAUUUGAAGCUUUAUAUGAGUAGCACUACUUUGAUAAUUGUGCCUGAUAAUUUGUUUAUUCAAUGGGUUGAUGAAAUAGCACAUCAUGUUGAACCCAAUUUUCUUAAGAUUUUGUGUGCUGCAAACUAUAUCAAAAGCGACCAGAUAAAGGAUCAAUUUUUACCCAACCCCAAAUUUGUUAAUACCAUUCCUGAAAGCCCAGUUGAACUUAUUGAAUACGACGUGAUUUUAAUUUCACAAUCUUGUUUGAAUAAGUCCUUUGCAAAUAAAAAUAGGAAUAGCCAAAAGAAUGGUAACAGCCAAGUACCAUCGCUUAGACAAGUAUAUUGGAAAAGAUUAAUCAUUGAUGAAGGUCAUAUUGUUCAAUCAAAAACUUCUAAUGCGGCUCAAAUAUGUCGAUUGCUAUUUUCAGAAAGAAGAUGGGCAGUAUCAGGAACCCCAACUUCUGGGUUGACCAAAAUUUAUAUGGAAGAAGGAGAAGAAGACACCGGUGAGAAAAGAAACAGUCACCAAGCUCAAAAUAAUAUACAUGUACUAGAAAACCAAUUUUUUGCCAAAACAGAAUUACAGAGAUUAGGGGUUUUAAUUAGUAAUUUUCUUAAAUUGGAGCCUUAUUAUACACAACCCAAAUUAUGGACCCAAGAUAUUAUUAAUCCCUUGAUCAACUCAAGAUAUGGGUCGGAAUUAAUAUUUUCAAAUAUAAUCAACUCAAUAAUAAUUCGCCAUCAACCAAAUCAAACUAAUAUUAAACUACCUAAUUUCCAUCAUGAAAAAGUUAUAUUAGAGCCAUGUUUCCAGGAUUCUUUAUCAUUUAACCUAUUAGCUGCUGUAUUAGCAGUGAAUGCAGUAACAUCGGAAAGAACAGGAAUUGACUACAUGUUUCAUCAAUCCAAUCGACAACAAUUGAGAAGAUUAUUGAGUAACAUCCAAAGAGCUACAUUUUAUUGGACUGGGUUCCAACAGCAGGAUGUUGAAACACUUGUUAGCAUAUGUGAUGAGGCAUUACUGAAAUCAGGAAAGUAUAAUGAAUCAGACGUUGAAUUGUUGCGCCGAUCGAAAAAUAUUGCCUUGAUUGCAUUGAAUAAUCAACGCUGGACUAUAGCACAACUGAUUCAUGAAUUAGGUUACUACAUUUCCAAGGAUGAAACUAACCAAUAUGUUAGUUCUGUAUGGGGAAUAAGUGCUUAUACACCAGAUGUGAGUGUCUUUGCCGCUCCCCAACUACUACGCUUACAAAUGUUUUGGAAAGAAAAUUGGGUUUCAAGUUUUGACAAUGAACAGACAUUUCGUGAUAAGUUUGAAAACACCGCUAAAACAUUUUGGGACCAAUAUUUACACCAAGAAUUCAAAAAGAAUGAUAGACAUGUGGCCAUGGAUAAAUUAAUAAAGAAAAAUAGUGGUGCAGAACUUUAUACUUUGGAUAAUAUAUCCAAAAGUUUUAAUGACGUGACACCACCAAAAAGAACUAUUGAUAAGGAGGCACAGGCACAGUCACCACCACCCAAGAAGAAAAGAAAAGUUACUUUUACUGAUGCUGUUAUAGAAGAAGAUGAAAGAAAACAGAAGGAACCUCCACAAAGUAAAGACGCUUAUGACAAUGUAAGUAAGGAUAACAAAACUAUUGAGAAAUCAGAUCGUUCCAUUCCACCUUUUGAUAUGACUGGAUUAUUCAAGAAUAUGAAUAUUUUAGGUACAUCCUCAGCAAAAUUGACAUAUUUAGCCACAAGUUUAUUGGAAAACCAAAGAAAUAGAAUAAAAUCAAUAGUAUUCUUUGAGUUUGAAGAUAGUGCAUAUUACUUGAUUGAAUUAUUGGAAAUUUUGAAAAUUCGUCAUAUAAUCUAUGCAAAUUUCAUAACACCAAUUAAAAGAGCUCAGAAUUUAUACGAUUUUUCAAAUUAUGAUGUUGAUAAAGAAGAGAAUAAUGGUGGUAUUUGUUUGGUUAUGAAUAUUGCUCAUUCUUCACAUGGUUUAAACAUUAUUGCAGCCACCCACAUAUAUUUUAUCAACCCUGUUAAACAAGAAUCAAUCGAAGCUCAAGCAAUAAAACGGGCUCAUAGAAUUGGCCAAACAAAAGAAGUAACGGUAAAGACGUUAUAUUUGAAAGGAGUUGAUGAAUUGAAAAUCCUAUCGAGGAAUGAAAAACUUAAAAAUGCCAAAAACGAUAAAGAGAGUUUUGAUGCAAAGGAGAAAGAAGAUAAUGACAAUUUGCUUGAAUUUUUGGACUUUGAUAACUCGGAACAUGAAUAUGCUGCUUUUCCCCAUCCCAUAUCUAUUUUUUCAUAA